AUGCCUCGCCCGGUGUUAUUAGAAGUGAUCAAUCUGCUCGAAGACGAUGUAUCACACCCAACAAGGAGGAACCAUGCUGUGCCGGCGGACCUGCAAAUAUUGAGUACGAUCAGAUUCUAUGCCACAGGAACAUUCCAGCUGCUUAAUGGCGACACUGUUGGGCUCAGUCAGCCCACUAUAUCCCGUACUGUGGCAAGGGUCUCGGAGGCAAUAGGAAGAAGGGCAAGGCACUUCAUAUCAUUUCCAGAAGAUCCGGCAACUCAGCAGGACAUCAUGGAGGGGUUCUUUGACGACCGACGCAGGAUACCCAAUGUGCUCGGUUGCGUUGAUGGAAGUUUCGUCCAGAUCAAAUGUCCAUCAAUGAAUGAAGAGGCCUAUGUCUUUCGGAUGAUGCAGAACGAAGAUUUAACAUCCAUCAUCGGAGAAUACGACAAAAAAUUGAAUGUGCAUUCGGCCGCUGGAAAACUCGAUGGCGAUGUCUGA